CCGAGCGCGGCGGGAGCGGCGGGAGCCGGGCGGCCGCGUAGUCACUCGGGCCAGAGAGGCGGCGGCGGCGGCGGGGCCAGGGCCGGGGCUGGGGCAGCAGCGGCCGCGCCGGGCAUGGAGCUGGCAAGCCCGCGCUGAGGCGGGACGCGCCUGCUAGCAGCGAGCGAGAGGCUCUCCGGCGACCGGCGCGCGGGCUCCCCGGCGGGGCCAGGCAAACUUUUCUUUCUCUUUUGCCCCCUCCAGAGGCGCCUUCUGCGGCAGGCGGACCGAUCCUCGGCGCGGCAGGGCCGGGGCAAACUGGACGCAGCAUGAUGCGCGCAGUGUGGGAGGCGCUGGCGGCGCUGGCGGCGGUGUCGUGCCUGGUGGGCGCGGUGCGCGGCGGGCCCGGGCUCAGCAUGUUCGCGGGCCAGGCGGCGCAGCCCGACCCCUGCUCGGACGAGAACGGCCACCCGCGCCGCUGCAUCCCGGACUUUGUCAAUGCGGCCUUCGGCAAGGAAGUGCGCGUGUCCAGCACCUGCGGCCGGCCCCCGGCGCGCUACUGCGUGGUGAGCGAGCGCGGCGAGGAGCGGCUGCGCUCGUGCCACCUCUGCAACGCGUCCGACCCCAAGAAAGCGCACCCACCCGCCUUCCUCACCGACCUCAACAACCCGCACAACCUGACGUGCUGGCAGUCCGAGAACUACUUGCAGUUCCCGCACAACGUCACGCUCACACUGUCCCUCGGCAAGAAGUUCGAAGUGACCUAUGUGAGCCUGCAGUUCUGCUCGCCGCGGCCCGAGUCCAUGGCCAUCUACAAGUCCAUGGACUACGGGCGCACGUGGGUGCCCUUCCAGUUCUACUCCACGCAGUGCCGCAAGAUGUACAACCGGCCGCACCGCGCGCCCAUCACCAAGCAGAAUGAGCAGGAGGCCGUGUGCACCGACUCGCACACCGACAUGCGCCCGCUCUCGGGCGGCCUCAUAGCCUUCAGCACGCUGGACGGGCGGCCCUCGGCACACGACUUCGACAACUCGCCCGUGCUGCAGGACUGGGUCACGGCCACCGACAUCCGCGUGGCCUUCAGCCGCCUGCACACGUUCGGCGAUGAGAACGAGGACGACUCGGAGCUGGCGCGCGACUCGUACUUCUACGCGGUGUCCGACCUGCAGGUGGGCGGCCGGUGCAAGUGCAACGGCCACGCGGCCCGCUGCGUGCGCGACCGCGAUGACAGCCUGGUGUGCGACUGCAGGCACAACACGGCCGGCCCGGAAUGCGACCGCUGUAAGCCCUUCCACUACGACCGGCCCUGGCAGCGCGCCACAGCCCGCGAAGCCAACGAGUGCGUGGCCUGCAACUGCAACCUGCAUGCCCGGCGCUGCCGCUUCAAUAUGGAGCUCUACAAGCUUUCGGGGCGCAAGAGCGGAGGUGUCUGCCUCAACUGUCGCCACAACACCGCCGGCCGCCACUGCCACUACUGCAAGGAGGGCUACUACCGCGACAUGGGCAAGCCCAUCAGCCACCGGAAGGCCUGCAAAGCCUGUGAUUGUCACCCCGUGGGCGCCGCUGGCAAAACCUGCAACCAAACCACCGGCCAGUGUCCCUGUAAGGACGGCGUGACGGGUAUCACCUGCAACCGCUGCGCCAAAGGCUACCAGCAGAGCCGCUCGCCCAUUGCCCCCUGCAUAAAGAUCCCCGUAGCGCCGCCGACGACUGCAGCCAGCAGCGUGGAGGAGCCUGAAGACUGCGAUUCCUACUGCAAGGCCUCCAAGGGGAAGCUGAAGAUUAACAUGAAAAAGUACUGCAAGAAGGACUAUGCCGUCCAGAUUCACAUCCUAAAGGCGGACAAAGCGGGGGACUGGUGGAAGUUCACGGUGAACAUCAUCUCCGUGUACAAGCAGGGCACGAGCCGCAUCCGCCGCGGUGACCAGAGCCUGUGGAUCCGCUCGCGGGACAUCGCCUGCAAAUGUCCCAAAAUCAAGCCCCUCAAGAAGUACCUGCUGCUGGGCAACGCCGAGGACUCUCCGGACCAGAGCGGCAUCGUGGCCGACAAAAGCAGCCUGGUGAUCCAGUGGCGGGACACGUGGGCGCGGCGGCUGCGCAAGUUCCAGCAGCGUGAGAAGAAGGGCAAGUGCAAGAAGGCCUAGCGCGGAG